ACGCCCCGAUCGGUGACGCUCAGCCACGCCGAGGCACCUGUCGAGUGCUCUGCCGCUUUUACUCUGACCGUCUGGGCUCUUCGUCUCGCGUUGCAUGCGACUAGCUCCGUACUCGCUCCUCGGUUGGCAUUCAUGGCGUCUGGUUCUGGUUGGUCUCCGUCCUCCCAAGUCCAAGUCCUUCCCGAGCCGACAGCGCGGAGAGGGAGAGAGUAAAGCCGGGCGGCAGUGAGCGCAGCGCGAACCCGUGAAGGCGGUUUGGCUUCAGGUUGUCUCCGUCGCAGCGUCCCCGGUCCCCGCCAAGGACACGGAAAGGGAAGCCUUACCUUCUUCCUCGCAUCGCAUCUCCCUCCCUCUGCGCCUCUGCAGCGGCCAAGGAGAACGAGCUUUUCAGGAGUCCUUUGAUCCUUCCUUCCCCUUUGGUGAAUGCUUGCUUUUUUUUUCUCUCCAGUGGUCUGCUUACAAGCCUGCCGCACCAGGGAUCCCUGUCCCGGUCACCAUGCUGAGGCAGUCGUCAAGCAGGAGCCAUAGAAGCAAGAAGCUCAGGCCAAGCCACGGUCUCCAGGCCUUCCUGUUCGUCGCCGUCGGCAUCUGGAUCGUGUACCAGCUGACGCAUUCGUACGGCAAGCGGCGGGUGGUGGCUGUGGAGACGGGCGGCAGCGGCGGCGAGCCGGCACGGCGUCGGCUGGGGAGGAAGGGCUUCGUCGACUUCGCAGCUGGCCAGGCGUCUGCCGACGACGUUGCCGGGGUCGGGGCCGGGAGCGACGCCGGGCGGGGCGCCGACUCCUCGGACGAUCCUUCGGGCAAGGCUGGAGACGGCGACGAGGAGGACGACCAAGAGGUUGACGAAGAAGAUGAUGGGAUCGGUAGCGAUGCGGAGGACGGCCUUGCCGCUGACGAAGCUGACGAAGAGGAGGAUGACAGAGAUCUCCAGUCUCAGGACGGCAGCAGUGAGGAUGAAGUGAAGACCGAGCACGGAGAAACUCAGAAUAGACUGAACACAAGCAUUGUUCUUGUUCCUCCGGUGAACGCCACCGGCACUCUGCGAGGCGGCGUUGCUGUUCUACUGGCCAAUGCGACUGGCCGUGCAGCAGAUGGCACUGCUCUGACUUCGAGUGGUUCUGCUCUGAACAACACUGCAUCAGUUGAUCUGUCGUCGUUGCAGGCCAGAGGAGCAGCUGUUGAUAUUGGGAACAAGCUGCUGGCGAACAGUGGGUCUCCUGGUGAGAAUCAGAACCUUCAGAUCAACAAGAACGGGGCUGCAGCAGACUCUGUCGCAGUACAUGGCAACUCGAGCUGAGAAUGCACGGUGCUACCCCCGCCUAAGUCAAAUUUUUCCUGCCGAUUAAACGGUGCUCAGACAGAAGCACGCCCAGCUGAUGCAACAUUUGUUUGGUUUCUGCUUAGUUUCUAGAAGGCGUUAGGACGUUAGGUUAGUUCGUCGUUCUUCGUGUUCUUGAUCAGAUGUCCUGUAACUGUAACAAAGUAUCGUCAACAGCGACGGAGAUGCUACUGCCCGAAGCAUAGUCUUCUUGGUGCAGCAAUAGUUUCCCGAGUAAAGAUCUCAUUGUUUCUGGAAGUACUACAGUUUUGCCAGAUUUCUGACACAUCUACCCAGCUGGAAUUUAACAUAAAAGUUGGGAUCAUUAACACUCCAGACUGAGUCAAGAAUACCCUAAAAAUGGCCUCAAACAUGGCCCACCACCACCAUUAAGCCAAUGACACCGGAAAGUCAUCAAAAGCACAAGCCACAAUCUGAAGCAAUCAGAAUAUAAUAGCAAGCUUUUUGAUAACAGUGACAUGGUUUCCUGAAACUGGGCAAGACAAACUUGCGUGUGAUCUUUAAUGCGGAUGGGACAGCAAA